AUGGUCAGAGUGGCAGCCAUUUUUAUGUGUACCAUUGCCAUGGACUGUGGAGGACCAGAACCAGACAGGAACUCAGAUCCACGUUUACAACCAGAGACUGAAGACCAGACUGGAGACUCUUCAGAGACUGAAGUCAGUGAUGGUGAUUGGCAGAAGAGCACUCAGUCAGCUUUAAACUCUCUGAAACAUGAUUCAACAUGUAGGAAACCAUUCUGCUGCUCUGAGUGUGGGAGGAGAUUUGGCGACAGGAGAAAUCUAAAAAGACACAUGAGAACUCACACAGGAUUAAAACCUUUCAGCUGCUCUGUUUGUAAUACGACUUUUAGUCAGGGUGGAACUUUACAGAGACACAUGGCGGUCCAUACCGGAGAGAAACCUUUCAGUUGCUCAGUGUGUAGGAAAUCUUUUGCACUUAAUGGCUGUUUACAGAAACACAUGAGAAUCCACACAGGAGAGAAACCAUUUAGCUGCUCUGAGUGUGGGAGAAGAUUUAGUCAAAGCUCAAGUCUGAAGACACACAUGAUGACUCAUACAGGAAAGAAACCUUUCAGCUGCUCAGUCUGCAAUAGAUAUUUUAAACUUAGGGCACAUUUAAAUAAACACAUGAGAACUCACACAGGAGAUAAACCCUUCAGCUGCUCUGAAUGUAGGAAAAGAUUAGAUUGCAGGACGAGUUUGAAAAGACAUAUGAGAGUCCACACAGGAGAAAGACCUUUCAGCUGCUCAAUCUGUCAGAAAUCUUUCAAACAGAGGGAACAUUUAAAGAGACACAUGAAACAACACACAAGAGCGGAACCAUCUACUUCCUGUGUUAGUGACAUCAGGAAGCAGCAGGAGUGGAGCUCCAGUGUGGACCAGGAGCAGCCAGAGAAUCUCAGUCAGGUUUGAACUCUCUGAACACUAUAAUCCGUCAACUCGGUAAAUUCAGCGGUUAUCCAGUAUGUAGUCUAUAUCCAUGACCUUCCACUUCCAGGAUUGCCCUGGAAAUUCCACCGGAUGUCCUUC